UCACUGACUUUAAACCUAACCUUCUCUUUUUGUUUAUCUUUUUUAUUUCAAUUUCAUAAUAUGGAACAUACUAAAAAAGACUCUAGAAACCAAGAAAUAUUACUCCGUAUUAAAGAUGAAGAAGAUCCUCUAAAGAAAUGUAACAAUAUAGAAGUUAAAUCUGAACUGGAUAAAAGCAGUUAUGGACAGGAAUAUGUAUUAGAUGAGUAUUGUUCAGAGGAUAUUAAAAUAGAAAACCAUGUAUUAGAAUAUGUAUCUAAUGAAAUUAAAGUUGAAAUAAAAACAGAACUCGAGGAGUAUAGCAUUGGUGCUCCACAGGAUAUAACAAAGGAAGUUGCAAUUACCAAACCAUUUAAUUCUCCCAAAGAACAUUUGAAAACUUGUACUGGUGGAAGACCAUAUCAAUGUGAAAUUUGUAGUAAGCUGUUUACUAUAAAAAGUAAUUUAAAGAUCCAUAUGAGAAUCCACAGCGGUGAAACACCUUAUAAAUGUGAAAUUUGUAGUAAGCGUUUCACUCGAAAAAUAGAUUUAAAUAGACAUAAUAUGGCAGUUCACACUGGAGAAAGACCUUAUAAAUGUGAAAUUUGUAGUAAGCUGUUUACUAUGAAAAGUAAUUUAAAGAUCCAUAUGAGAAUCCACAGCGGUGAAACACCUUAUAAAUGUGAAAUUUGUAGUAAGCGUUUCACUCAAAAAAUAGAUUUAAAUAGACAUAUGGCAGUUCACACUGGAGAAAGACCUUAUAAAUGUGAAAUUUGUAGUAAGCUGUUUACUAUAAAAAGUAAUUUAAAGAUCCAUAUGAGAAUCCAUAGCGGUGAAACACCUUAUAAAUGUGAAAUUUGUAGUAAGCGUUUCACUCAAAAAAUAGUUUUAAAUAGACAUAUGAGAAUUCACAGUGGUGAAAGACCUUAUAAAUGUGAAAUUUGUAGUAAGCGUUUUACUCAAAAAAUAGAUUUAAAUAGACAUAAUAUGAGAAUUCACAGUGGUGAAAGACCUUAUAAAUGUGAAAUUUGUAGUAAGCAGUUUAUUCAACUAUGUAAUUUAAAAAGUCAUAAUAUGAUAGUUCACACUGGUGAAAGGUCAUAUGAAUGUGAAAUUUGUAGUAAGCUAUUGACUUCAAAAGGUAAUUUAAUGAUCCAUAUGAGAAUACACACAGGUGAAACACCUUAUAAAUGUGAAAUUUGUAGUAAACAGUUUACUCAAAAAGCUAAUCUAAAGAUCCAUAUAAGAAUUCACAGCAGUGAAAGACCUUAUAAAUGUGAAAUUUGUUUUAAGCAGUUUGCUCUAAAAAAUAAAUUAACUGUGCAUAAUAAGAGAAUUCACAGUGGUGAGUUAUGAAUGUGAAAUUUGUAGUAAGCUGUUUACCGAAAAAAGUAAUUUAAAGGUGCAUAUGAGGACACAAUAGUGAAAAACAUUAUAAGUGUGAAAUUUGUAAUAAGCACUAUAAAAGCCAUAGUUAGAAUGCAGUGUUACAGCUCGUCCACAUGAGAACGGUUUGCCAACAGGUGUGAUCGGGGGAAACGCGACAUAACCGCUGAAAAUCAUCAUCAUCAUCAAUGGUGCUACAGCCCUAUGAAAGAGCCUCGACCUUCCCAAGUCUAUUACGCCAGUCAGUCCUAUCCAUUGCCAACCGUUGCCAGUUUGCUGCGCCUAUUUUUCUCCCAUCCUCAUCUACACCAUCCUUCCAUCUGAGUUUUGGCCUACCCCUAUUUCUACUUCCCACAGGUUGUGACAUAAGGAUUCUUCUAGGAGGGUUGUUCUGCUGUGAUUUUGCUAGAUGCCCUGCCCAUCUUAGUCUUCCUAUUCUUAUAAGAGAUACUACGUUUUUACAACCAAAUUUUUGUUUAUAUCUGUGCUAUAACUCGUAGUUGUACCUCCUCCUCCAAGCACCAUUUUCACAGAUGCCACCAAAUAUUCCUCUCAGGAUCCUUCGUUCAAAUAUAAGCAGAAGGUUUUCAUCUGCCUUGGGGAUGGUCCAUACCUCUGAACCAUAUAUCAACACUGUUUGUAUAAGGCUUUUGUAUAAAUAUGGUUAUUUUUGUGUAUUGGCUCAAGUUUCUGCUUCUCAUUAUGUCUACGUCUACUCAGUCCAAAAUAGCAUUUGUUUGCUAGGAUUAUCCUUCGCUUGAUUUCUUCCGUCAUGAUGUUCUCCUUGGUGGACGAGGAGAAGAAACGACCGAGAGGAAGACCACAGUUGAGAUGGGUUGAUGAUAUUAAAAGAGUAGCCGAAACAAUUAAUUGGACGUAUUGUGCUCAGGAUAGAGACCGAAGGAAGGAGUUGGGAGAGGCCUAUGUCCAAACGUAGACGAUAGAAGGCUAAGAAGAAGAAGACUUAUGAAUGUAAAAUUUGUAGUGGACUGUUUACUGAAAAAAGUAAUUUAAAGGUGCAUAUCCCAGCUUCGCACGAACGUAGGCAUAAGUCAAAAAAGACGAUUUUAGACGAGAGGUAUUUUAAAAUUUUAUAGAUAAUUACGGGCAUAACUCCGAAUAAGUUGUUACAUACUUUAAAGGAAUUACCUAUAGAAUUUGGUUAGAAAGAUAUGUAUCUAAAUACAAACUGUGAUAACUAGAUAAAUUUAUGAAGUGUUAAAAUGGUUAAAUUUUAUCAUUUUGUUACUCUAUUAGAGUUGAGUCUUUUUUCCUGAGAAACAUUUACUUCCACUUUGUUAAAACACUGUCCUAAUUAAAAAAGGGUCCUUAUCAGUGCCGUUUUAUCCAUUGGGCGCUUGGGGCGGGCGCCCAGGGGCCCGGGCCCCGGAGGGGCCCGUAGGAUCCCUUCUUUUUAUUAAUAACAAAUUAAAGUCCGAGUCUAAAUAAUCGAGGAUCAUAUUUUUUUAAAUAGAAAAAAAUACUACGAAAUUCCUGCGAUUUCGAUAUGGUCUAAUUUUAAGACUGAUAAAUAAGAGCUGUGUCAACUUUUAAAUCAAAGAGCGAUUCCUUAGAAAAUUAAAAAAAUGUAUGAAGCUGGAGACAAAGCUUAUUAUAGAAGAUUAAAUGAAAGCAACUCCUAUAGAGUAAAACCCAAUGGAGGCAAAGAGAAGUGUUAAAGCUGUUUAUUGUUACCCAUGCAAAUUAUUUUCAAUUGAAAAAAUUAGUUUAACUGAUUUUAGAUAUAUUUUACAAAUCCCACGAAGAAAGUAAAAUUUCAUCUGAAUUCUAUGGUUAGGUACAUUAAUAACAAGAUCAUCACUUGGAGUUAGAUGGAUCAUCAGAUAAAUUGGAGUUAUAGACGCUGGCUUGAAAGAGCAAGUAGAACGCAAUGCUGACAAUUGAGUAAAGGUCCUAAGAAGAGUUGUUGUCACCAUUAAAUUACUUGCCUCUUAAGGACUAGCUUUUCGUUGAUCCCGUGAGAAUUUAACGAGUCGUCAUAACGGAAAUUACUUAAGUUGUCUUGUAUAAUUUGCUUUUGACAACUUUUUAGCUCAGCAUUUACAGCGGAAUGCUAAUAAAGAAAAAGUUAAGUUAGCUAUCUGUCUGACCAAACUUGAAAUGAAUUCCUGGAAGCGAUGAAAACAAAACAUGUAGAAACUUUUGACGCUGUAAAUGCUUUACUUCAAAACUACGGAUCCAUCAAACAUAUUUUUCCAGUUAAGCAAUAAUAGAGACAAAAAAUCAGCAGUUAGAAGUGAAGCCAAGGCACUGCAUAAUAAAAUGGAUACCUUUGAGACAGGUUAACUUGGAUACUCUAUUGACACUGAUUUGGGCAAGGAUUUUAAAACGAGUGAAUGCAACAAGCAAAACGUUAGAAACUGUGGACUUGAACGUGUCAAUUCGAGUAGAAUUAAUGACAUUUGAGCUUUGUUGGAGACGUAAGAAAUAAAUUAAGCGAAAUUGAACUAGAAGCCAAAAAUAUUUUUUUGUGAAGGCAAUAAUCUCAAACAUAUUCUAUUGGAUUGGCCUUCAAAAAACAAAGAAAAAUUUUUUUUCGAUGAAGCAGUUGAAAGUGAAACAAUUUUAAAUGGACAAGAGAUAUUCAGAGUUGAAGUACCUAUUGAAUGUUAUAUGCCACAAUAUUUCUCAAGAUCUUUUAAAGAGAAUAUAAUGCUACAAAGAUGUUACAUCAGCUGUUAGAUGUUUUUUUACGCUAAAUAAAGAAGAAGUCAAAAAGUGAAUUAAUAUUAUAUGCGAGGAAUAUAAAAAAGAUGUUGAUGAAACCAAACAGAACUUGCAUAAUGAAAUUAAUCAUUUUAUAACGUUAUGGCAAAAUUUGAAUAAACAUUUGAAAAUUUGUUGUCAUCCAGGAUGUAAAGGCGACUUUUGCCAAUUUUUAACUUUACUGCAAGUUUAUUUGACGAUACCAAUUUCUAAUGCGUCAGGCGAGCGGUCUUUUUGGCUUUAAAACUAAUAAAGGUCAUAUAUUGAAGGUCAAAUUGUCAAGAAAACCUAGACGAUUUUAGUCAAGAAAAAAAGUGAGCUAAUUUUUGUCUUAUAUAUUUAAGAAUAUGUUUUUUUGUUUGUCAUGUGUUGUUCUGUAGAAUUUUCUGUUUUCUUUUUAUAUUUUUAAAUGUACUUUUUGGAAUAUUUUUUACGUUUGCUAUUUUUCUCGUUUGUUUUAAAAAUCUUUUUUUUAAUUUUUAAAAAUGUAUGGGUUUUACAAUAAACGUUUAUAGUUAAUUCAGGUUAAUGCAUGUGUUUUUUUAUUAAAAAAAUUGACAACGAAUAGCAAUGAAGGGGCCCCUAAAUCUCUAGUGCCCAGGGCCCGAAGUUAGGUUAAACCGGCACUGGUCCUUAUAUUUUAGAGAGAAUUUUCACAAAAAUUAAUCGUAAAUAUAAGAACGGUCGUCCUUGACGAGAAGUAAACACAUAAAUUGCUUUACAGUCUGCGGUGUAACUCACUUCGGACUGUAUUCAUACGAUAAUGUUAUGUAUUUAUUACCACUUUUGCGACAAACAAAUAUAGACACUUGGUGCUAUCUUUUAGCGACUAUUAUUAUUAACGUAAAACGGUCUUUAUUCACGCGAUGGAUACUUUUAUUUUUAGUAGAUCUGCGUUAAUAAGUCCAUUUCGUCAAAUUUUGACUUAGGCCUACGUUCUUGCGAAGCGGCGAUAUGAGGACACCGUAGUGAAAAACAUAAAUGUGAAAGGACACCGCACACAUCUUAUGGAAAAUAUAGUGUCACUCAAAUGAAAUAAAAUUUACAUGAAUAGAUUGGUCCUGAAAUUACGCUAAUUUUAUAUCAUGCGCCAACUCUGUAUUUUGAGUAAUAAGUUGUCAAAGAGAGAAAAAAGAUUUUGUAAUUCGCCUACUCCAUAAAUCUUUCUGAGGGAUUAAGGCAGAGGCUUAGGUACUCUUAUCUUAUCCUAUUAUUAUUGAUAAUAAAGUAGGUAUAAUUUGGUCAGUUGUCCAAAAUUAAAACAAUAUGGCGGCUGGGAGGCAAACGUAAAUGUUACUCUGUUAGUUCUUAAUGUGUUUUAGAUCAUUUUAGUUUCGUUUAUUUGUAAUUUUGUUUUGUAUAACGAUUAAUUUAACAUUUUUACUGGAAGAAUCGAUAAUAUGCUUAAUUUCUGUUGUGUUUUGAAGUGUGGAAUGCGAAGUAAUCGUGAUAAAGUUCAAUUUUAUCAGUUACCCUCAGUGCUACAUUUUAUGCAUAAAACUAACGGAACUAAAUAACUUAUGAUCUCAGAGACAAAAUCAAUGGUUAAAUGCUAUAAAAUGUCCUAUAAAAAUGUUAAAUAACUAACUACUGUACCUACAGCAAAAUUUGUAUUAGACCUGGAUUCCGCGUACCAAAAAAAGUGGAUUAAUAGCAAGCUUAAAAUUUGUUAAUAGUUUAACGGUGUCUAGCCGGACAAACUUUGAUGUACGGGAACACUGGAACAGGGGAAGUUUUAAUUGUGGAACGUGUCAUCCUGACAAGUUAAUGAUUGUGAAAACUAGCAGGUUGUUUUUAAGUUUAUUCAAUAGCAAACUUUAUAUAAUAUAUGAAAAAAUGUUUGUCCGACAAAUAUGUUGGUCAUUUUAAUAAGUCCGACACGUAGAAUAUGUCAAAUGAAAGGAAUUAUAUUGGUGGUAAAUAGUCUGAUUUUUACAUGAGAGUUUAAUGAAAGGGUAACAAAUCAAUUGGAAGUUCUGUCCGACAAAAUAUAUGGGACGUUUUCGUAGUUCGAAACCUGUAACAUGUUCCACAAUUAAAACUUCCCCUGUUCCAGUGUUCCCUUUUAUCAAAGUUUGUCCGACUAGACACCUUUAAGCUAUUAAAAAAUUGUCAGCUUGCUAUUAAUAAACUUUUUUUGGUACGCGGGAUCCAGGUCUAUAUAUUUAUUCACUGAAUUAAAACUAAAUAAAGUCGUUCAACUACUUCUACAACUAAAAACAAAACAAAAUAUUUUGCUUUUAGUAAAGUAAAAUUCUUAUAAUUU